AUGCGGAGUUACAUUGGUGGUUUGGCACGCACUAGAGUCCCUCUUGUGGACAAGAAAUGGACUCAAUUGCCCAAGGACCUGAAGGAGCAUAUUUGGGAAGCUGUUCAAAUGGCUUCUGUUGUUGGGGAAGGGGGUAAGAAGAUGGUGUUGUCGUCUGCUGCCAAACAAUGGAAGGAUUUUAAGUCUACCUUAACUAGGCAGUUUAUCCUUCCAUUCGCAAAUGAGGAGAAGUUAAAAGAGCCCCCCUCAGCUUUAUAA